CUACUGCCAAUGUUUUUGUCCUAAACAUAUGGUGGAGUGCGACUGCAGAGUUUAGCGCGUCGCCAUAGAUCCUAACCACCAUUUAUGCUGCUGAAUCCCAGAAUAACAGUACUCGCCACUCGGAGAAGCAAGUGUUUACCGUGUGUGGCAAAACAAUAACCUUGUAAUGAAAAAAGUUUAUGAAUACGUACCCUAGCCCUUCGAUUAAAUCUUGUAUUUACAGAAAUUUAGAAAGCAUCCUAUAGUUGAACUUCCGAUAUCCCAAAUGUUGCCUAAACUCUGAGCAUUGACAUAGUGUUCUGUUAACGUCAUCGAUGGACGGGCUGUUUGAAUACUAACGUUGUUGGUAAUGUGAAUCAGUCGGUUGCACUGCUUGGAAAUAAAAGUAUGGACCAAGAUUAGUGUGUUUUCUGUUAGUAAAUUAUUUCUGGGAUUCGAUAACGGAACCAUUAUUAUGAGCAUCCCUAUUCAUGAACUGUCGAGUAAUCCAACUGCUGCAUGGAAAGAACUGUCAAAAAAUCAGAAAGUGAUAAAAGUUCAAACGGGUCCACCGAAACCUUUGAUACCAGAUGAUAAGACUGCUGGAGAUAAACACAUUGUACAAAGAACUGAACUCAGGCUUGUUGAAAAUUGUUUGCAUUCGCAUGAAAUGUUCCAUCUGUAAAUUCCUAGGGACAGUCUUUUUCUCGUCUUACGCAAAUCAGCUGGUUCGAAUAGUGUGUAUGAGUGAUACACACUCAUUGACUCCACAUAUCAGAUUUGACAUUCCAGAUGGAGAUAUUUUCAUACAUGCAGGUGAUUUUACAAAAUGUGGCAGAGAGGAAGAGGUUAUUGAUUUCAAUAAUUGGAUAGGUCAGCUGCCUCACAAAUAUAAAAUUGUUAUUGCGGGAAAUCAUGAGCUGAGUUUUGAUGAAACAUUUACACAGUCUCUGAACAGCAGUCCAGGCGACAGAACUUCUCAUACAGGUUACAGUGUUGUUGAUAAAAUUCCAACAUUGGGUGUUCCAAAAGAAAACAUAACAGAAGCAAUAACAACUCCAAAUGUGAAAAAAUGUUUGACGAACUGCAUAUAUUUACAAGAUGAAGAAGUUGUAGUUUACGGAUUGAAAAUAUAUGGCACACCAUGGCAGCCUGAAUUUUGCAAGUGGGCCUUCAAUGUCCCAAGAGGAGCGCCAUGUUUGGAGAAGUGGAAUAAAAUACCUGAUGACACAGACAUUCUUGUUACGCACACACCACCAAUUGGUCAUGGUGAUCUAUGCUGCUCAGGUGUGCGUGCUGGCUGUGUGGAACUGCUAACAACUGUUCAGCAGAGAGUGAAGCCAAAAUACCAUGUUUUUGGACACAUCCAUGAAGGUUAUGGAAUUACAUCAGAUGGAAAAGUUAUUUACAUCAAUGCAUCAACAUGUGAUAUAAAUUACCUCCCCACAAACCCCCCCAUUGUAUUUGAUGUCUCUUUACCACAGUCUGUAAAUAAAUGAAUAUACAG